UACAAUCUUUUCAGGUGUGUUUGCCUGUUAUUGACAGACUCUUAGAUUCUCUGGAUUGUGGGGAUCCCGGCAAUAAACAUUCCUCAGACAUUGUGGGAUUUGUAGAAACAAUACUUUGUGCAGAAAAUCAUUUGAUACAGAUUGUUUUGGAUUCUUUCACAGAAUGCUUGGAUUCUAUGUACAGUUGCGUACUAGUGUCAGGAAAAAUAGCAGUAGCCACGGAAAACUGGUGGUCUCUGCAUCCAGUUGAAAUUCGAUUACUAGGACUACUUGCUUCCACAGAAAUUAUUGGCGAAUCGAAGGAUAUUCCUGUUUUCUUACCUUACAAAAGUCCAACGGUAGCUUUUCGGUUUGUAACCUGCACAUUGGUACCAGAAGUUCAGCUGUGUUGCCUCUGUGGCCCAACGCCAGUACUGAGUGAAAUUGAACACUAUGUAACACAGUGUUUUAAAAACUCCACAGAUAUUCUCAAGGCUGCUGUUCAGAGUGUGCCUAGAAAUUUUCCUGUCACCUGUUCUGUUGACCCAAGUAUUCUCGGUCAACUGUUAGUGAACACAACUAAGAGAAAGUUCAUGAUGUCCAAAAGCACUCAACAGUCUUCGUCGAGGAAAACCACCAACAGCUCACAUCGCUUGGACAUUUUACGUACUUUUUUCUACCGAACUGUCAUGGACGAAUUUUUUCCCACAAAUCAGGUAGCCGAGAACACAGGUCCAUCGGACGAGAUGGAUUCCAUGGUCGAGCACAACUGCGUGGAAACUUACUGGUGUUCUGAGUAUCAUAAGUGUCACGCCCUCAAAGAAGACGACAAUAUACUGUGCGUUUUGUACAGUUCUUCGGUACCCACUCAUGCUAUGCGACUUAUUACUCAGAAGACUCUCAAGCAACUCGUCUCAGAUAAGCAAGUUUGUUGGUGAAUCAGAUCUUGAUGCUAAAGAUGAUUAUUAAUUUCAUAUAUCUUGUGUGUUUUCACUGAAUACCUAUACGAUUUUUAAUGGGGAUAUCCGACUUCUUGUAACUUGAAAAGAAAGUGGGAAAGUUCACAAUUAUUCCAUUCGAUAGAACCAUGUGAAUAGAAAUAUUGGAUCAUUGUUGAAAGCUUUUUUUUUCAAUCAAGAUCUGCAAGUUUCUCUUUGCUAAUCAAAAUUGAAUAGAUUUCAAGUUGUUUUCAACAUAGAAGGGCUACUUAGCAAACUAUUGAUAACACCUGACUAGCUAAAAAGGAUUUUGUGAUGGAGUUUUUUAAUGACCUCACAAGUUAUCCAUACUAAUUAGAAUAAAUUACAUACAUACACUUA